GUGCAGGAAAUCGCUCUCUUUUCCGAGUUUAGAAAUUUAAAAAUAUCGAUUUCAUCAACUUUUGCUGAUGGGAAUAUGGAAAAGCUGCAAUCUUUGAAAUGGGUUUUCUACGAUGCAGCGAAAAUAAACCGAAAUUAAGCGAAACUCCUUUGUUUUUUUGACUUCAAUGUCUGCUUAUUUCCAUCACAACCAUCGUGGCUUUGAAUCGCUUCAGAAUUCUCGAAAUCUGUCCCUCUUUUUUCGUCAGUGGAAAAAUGGGUAUAGAAGGAAACUAGUUUGAAUCGAGAGAGAGAAAGAGGGGAAAGUUUGAAUCUUGAUUUCUGAAUAAUUUGGUUUGUUUUUUUAAUUUUGAUGAAUUUUGUUGUGUGAAAGAAAAAAAUGUCGGAUCUUUACGGAAGCAAUGAAUCUGAAGACAUGUCUUCUUUUAUUCAAAUUCUUCUCCAAAAUUCUUCGUCUUCCGCCGCCGUCAGCGACGGCGCUGCGGCGGCCGGAGGGUUUUUCGGCGGCGGAGGGGCGGUGGCGGAGUCCUCCACCAGCAUCAGUUUCUCUGAUCCCAGCUGCUUCUUCGCCGGUGGGCCGAGUGGCAAGAAUCUUGCUUCCAAUUGUGAGGGAGGUGAAGCUUUUGAUAUACCGGUGAAUCCGGCUCCACCUCGUUCUUCGAAGAGAAGUAGAGCUGCUGAAGUCCACAAUUUAUCAGAAAAGAGGAGGCGAAGUCGGAUCAACGAAAAACUGAAAGCGCUUCAGAAUCUGAUUCCAAAUUCUAACAAGACUGACAAGGCAUCUAUGUUGGAUGAAGCCAUUGAAUAUCUCAAACAGCUUCAACUCCAAGUUCAGAUGUUGACAAUGAGGAACGGGUUGAGUUUGCACCCCGGCUACUCCCUGCAGUCGUUGCUAGCACCCUCACCCGGUCUAGCCAUAGACGAAGGCAAUCCACUGCUGCACACAAACAGAGGCACAGACGCGCUCUCUAGGGACCAAGAUGUCUUCCUGCAGAGCUCCGUUGCACCCAUGAACCUCGGGCCCUCAGCCCUGCCAACGCUCGUGCCCUCCACACAAAACGCUGCAAACUCUGCAAUGCUCCCGAGCUAUGCACCGCCGUUGCAGCAGAACCGUUACGGACUGCUCAACCAUAUAGCCUCCACGAAGGAUAUUUGCAGGGACGACGCGUUGUCAAGAUUGAACAGUUCGUCACCGGGGUUCCCUUUCCCCUUCCCCGCCCUCUCUGGCGCGACUGUCUUCUUCUCCUUCUCCCACAGAAGUCAAAAUGCCUCAAUCUCCACACUAAAAUACUUCUCACAAAAAAAAAUGUCGGAUGGCAAAGGCAAACCCGCGUUCCUCAACGACCAGCUCUCAAAACGCACCACCAUCUUCGGCCUCCGCCUCUGGGUCGUCGUCGGCAUCUGCGUCGGCGCCGCCAUCGUCAUCCUCCUCUUCCUCCUCUCCCUCUGCUUCACCUCCCGCCGAAACAAGUCCAAAACUUUGACAAAUAAAAACCCCACCUUUAUCCCCACCGUCUCCAGAGAAAUACAGGAAAUCCGGGUCGACCCGCCUAUUUCGGACCCGGAUCCGGAGCCAGCCCACGUGGAGGUGAAGAAGGGUGAUCAGGACGGCGGGGGGCCGGAGGUUUCGCAUCUGGGGUGGGGACACUGGUACACGCUGAGGGAGCUGGAGGAGGCUACUAAUGAGUUUGCUGAUGAGAAUGUGAUUGGGGAGGGUGGGUAUGGGAUUGUUUAUAAGGGUGUUUUGGAGGGGGAUCAUAAGGUUGCUGUCAAGAAUUUGCUCAAUAACAGGGGUCAAGCGGAGAGAGAGUUUAAGGUUGAGGUGGAGGCGAUUGGGCGUGUGAGGCACAAGAAUUUGGUGAGGUUGCUUGGUUAUUGUGCUGAAGGAACUCACAGGAUGCUUGUUUAUGAGUAUGUGAACAGUGGGAAUUUAGAGCAAUGGCUUCAUGGAGAUGUAGGGCCGUGCAGCCCUCUUACAUGGGAGAUUCGAAUGAACAUCAUUCUUGGAACUGCAAAAGGCUUGACGUAUUUGCACGAGUGCCUUGAGCCUAAGGUGGUCCACCGCGACAUUAAAUCGAGCAACAUCUUGCUGGACCGGCAGUGGCACGCCAAGGUGUCCGAUUUUGGCCUUGCGAAGCUCAUAGGCUCAGAGAAGAGCUACAUCACCACGCGAGUCAUGGGAACGUUUGGCUACGUCGCCCCUGAAUAUGCCAGCACCGGGAUGUUGAAUGAGAGGAGCGAUGUCUACAGCUUUGGCAUCCUCGUGAUGGAGAUCAUCACCGGGAGGAACCCGGUGGACUAUGGCCGCCCUACCGGGGAGGUAAACCUGGUCGAUUGGCUUAAAACAAUGGUCUCCAACCGCGACUCCGAGGGCGUGUUAGAUCCAAAAUUACCCGAUAAGCCCUCUACGCGAGCAUUGAAGCGCGCCCUUUUGGUUGCGUUGAGAUGUGUGGACCCGAAUGCCCAAAAAAGGCCGAAGAUGGGCCAUGUAGUCCACAUGCUCGAAGCGGACGAUUUCCCUUUUCGUGAUGAUCGCAGAGGAGGCGUGAAGGAGCAGCAUGGGAAAUCAAGUCGCGAUGGCGCCAUGCCAAUGGAGAAGCGGUUGAGCGAGCCGGGUGACAGCAGCGGAUACGAGAGCAGCGUCCAAACGGAUAGGACGAUGUUGAGGAAGAGGGAAGGAGACGAUGAGCAGUAGAAAGGCCGUUCGAGACGACACGCCUUUCUAUGUAAAUACUGUGAUUUUUGCCUCAGCUUUUGACAUGAAAGGUGAUCAUAGCUCAUUUCAUGUUGAUAUAAUAUAGCAACUGUUAUAGAGUGUUACUAAAGAUAUAUAUAGUGUUUACAAUAUGAUUCAUUUGUGAUUUUGAUUGAAUUGAAAGGCUGUGUAUGUUUCCACAUAAUGCAAAGCAAAUUUGUUUGACAAUUUUCUCAGAUGUAAUUAUUGUAAGCAAUAUAUGUUGGAAGUUAUUGCAGAUUCUUCUCUGUGGAUCAAA